GUAUAUAUAUUCAUUUCGCAUAUUUCAAAUUUCCACGGCGCUCAGAUCUAUGAAAUCCACGCUCAGGAGCAGACACUCCCAUUUUGUUGCUCGGUUUCUGAAGCCUUAGGAGGAAGAAGACAAGGAAGAAAGCUCUCAAACACAGCAAUGUCAGCCAUUGACGGGGAUUUCGAUCUUCGGUCUUCAUUCACAAUCGAUGAGUACACCUUCGCCGAUGCGGGAAAUUUGGAGCACUGCGCCAAGUAUUUGAACCAGUCUCUUGUUACGUUCGGAUUUCCAGCUUCUCUGGAUCUUUUCGCGAAUGACCCUGUUUCCAUUGCACGGACUUGCAAUUGCAUACACUUCUUGCUACAGCAGAGACAGCGGGAUAUUGAAUUUAGAGAGUCUGCUAAUGAACAAAGACAGCGACUAUUAUCUGACAUAUCAAGAUUGGAAGCCAAAGUUGAGAGGCUUGAAGGACAACUACAAUCUAAAGACCGGGAGAUUGCAACAAUUACUAGAACAGAAGCUAAAAACACUGCAGCUCUCAAGGCUCAAAUUGAGAAGCUUCAACAGGAGCGAGAUGAAUUUCAAAGAAUGGUUAUUGGAAUCAGGACUCAACAAAUGCAUGAGAUGAAGAAGAAGGAAAAGGAAUACAUAAAGUUGCAGGAGAGGUUAAAUCAAGUAUUAAUGGAGAAGAAGAAGGAAUCAAGGUCAGGCAUGGAAAUAAUGAAUUUGCUACAGAAAGAAGGGCGGCAACGCGGAACAUGGAAUGGGAAGAAGACAGACAAUGACUUUUAUAAAAAAAUCGUAGAUGCUUAUGAGGCGAAAAAUCAAGAACUUAUAGCAGAGAAUGCUGAUUUAAGAGCAUUAUUGAGAUCAUGCAG